AGAGCUCUCCCCCCCAACCAUGCGCGGCGGCUCGGUUUAGCUACUCGAUGGAGCUGGGCAAUUUCUACGAGGCGGACUCGCGCCCUCCGAUGAGCAGCGCCCUGCAGCUCCGCUCCCAGCCUCUGCCCUCCUCGGCGCACCUGCCCGCCGCGGCCCACCACGCGCACGCCGCCCACCCCCACCUGCCGGGCCCCGGCGGCUACAGCUACCUGCCCGCCACGACGGCCGAGCUGCAGGACAUCUGCGAGCACGAGAACUCCAUCGACCUGAGCGCCUACAUCGACCCGGGCGCCUUCAACGACGAGUUCUUGGCCGAUCUCUUCCAGCACAGCAAGCAGCAGCAGGAGCGCGCCGCCAAGGCCGGCCUGGAGUGCGGCAUGCCCGGCGCCGGGCUCUCGCAGGGCGGCGGCGGUGGCGCGCUCUACGGUUACGCGGACAAACUGGAGGCCGGCGCGGCCUACGAGCGGCUGGGCGCGGGCCAGCCGCCGCUGCCCGGCCUGCGCCCGCUGCUCAUCAAGCAGGAGCCCCACGAGGACGACGAGGCCGCCGCGCUGGCCGCCCUUUACCCGCCGCCGGCCGCCUGCAGCCACCUCCAGUACCAGGCGGCGCACUGCGCCCAGACGACGGUGCACCUGCAGCCCGGCGGGCAGCCCACGCCGCCUCCGACGCCGGCCCCCAGCCCGCACGGCGCCCACCACCACCCGCACCAUGCCCACCACCACCCGCAGCGGCUCCACUCCGCCGCCUCCUCCUCGUCGUCGUCGUCGUCGGGCAAGGCCAAGAAGUGCCUGGACAAGAGCAGCAGCGAGUACCGCGUGCGCCGCGAGCGCAACAACAUCGCCGUGCGCAAGAGCCGCGACAAGGCCAAGCAGCGCAACGUCGAGACGCAGCAGAAGGUGUUGGAGCUGAGCACCGACAACGAGCGCCUCCGCAAGCGCGUCGAGCAGCUCAGCCGCGAGCUCGACACCCUCCGCGGCAUUUUCCGGCAGCUGCCCGAGAGCUCGCUCGUCAAGGCCAUGGGCAGCUGCGCCUGAGGCGCCACCGCCGCCGCCC